GGUUUGCUUGUGGUCACUUGAAUGAAAGUGAAAGAGAUGAAAUCUAUAGUUCCAUGAGUGAAAUAAAUUCGGCAUUCUGUCAAUUUUACAAUCGAAACGGAGAAAGAGUUAUUUUGUGAUUUCGUUGAGAUUUCCUUCCACUAUAAUCUGUAAUUAUGAAACCCAAAAAGCGGAUUCAAGAGUCAUCUGAGGAAUCAGAGCAGUCUGUAGAAAGCGUACCCAGCAGUUCGUCAGAGAGCGAUAGCGAGGAGUCGUCAGCAUCAGAGCGCCGGUACAAAAAGAAAAGAAAACGUGGUGAUUCAUCCGACUCUGAGAGCGAUUCAGAUGACCAAAAACGAAAAAAACGCAAGCACAAAAAAAAGAAAAAGAAACACGGUAAAAAGAAAAGACGUCAUUCUGAUGAUGACAGUCAUUCCCAAGACGAGGAGUCUAUGAGUGAGGGCGAAAUUUCCAGGAAAAAACGUAAACAUAAGCAUAAGCACAAUAAGCGAACGCGUCAGUCUUCGGUCAGCGAAGUUGAAGAAGAACAUACUGAGCGCCGCCUACAUAGUGUUGUAAAAGAACGUAGAGCAUCAUCAGAGGAAGGCAGUCAGCCAGUACGAACAUACUAUCAGAAAGAAUACCACCACUCUGCUUCUGGUGAAGAUUAUGACAGAGAGAGAGAAGUGCAAAGGUUUUAUAGAGGCUCAAGCAAAGACAGGAGGCAAUAUGAAGAACAAUAUCAGUAUGACAGAGACCGUAAUGAAAGAUAUGCUGCAUAUAAUCAAGAUAAAUAUUAUAAAAACAAAGAAAGAUAUCACCAAAACAUUCAGUAUAAUGAACCCAAUCAAGAGUAUGGUCGCAGGCAACAAGAUUAUGAUGAGUACAAAAGGCAUCAUAAGUAUGAUCAAAGGCCACAAGAAGAUUACCGCCGUAAGCCAGAAAAUUACAGUAAUAGAGAUGAUAGAGGUUAUGGGGGUCGUUACAAUCAAUAUGAUGAUAAAGCUCCUAAAAGAAAAGUUUAUGAUGAAGGAGUCAGAUCAGACUACCAUGAAAGACGUGCCCCGACAGACCCUGAACGUUACCGCGAGAAGGAUUACCCCGAGAGAAGGGACAAGUACCGUGAAGAGGAGUACCCAGACAGGUCGAGGGACGCGCCACGCGAGCGAACUUCUAGACCUGACAAACCGUCAGAACCCCACGAAAGGGCAGCGUCUCGGUCUCCGCGCUCGUCGUCGCGAUGGCGCGAGCGGCGCUCCCGCUCGCCGCGGCGGGAGCCCCCGCGGCCCGACCAGCGCCGCGACAGGGUCGAACGAGACAAGCCCAGGGAGAGGAGGUCAAGAUUUGCCGACGCCGACGACAAGGAAUACAGUUGGGGCAAGACGGAGGUGAAGAAGGAGGGUCAGGCUGGAGACAAGGAGAAGCCGAACUUCGGGCUCUCCGGCAAGCUGACGGCCGACGCGAACACCGUCAACGGCGUCGUCAUCAAGUACACGGAGCCCGAGGAUGCCAAGCAGCCUAAGAGAAGAUGGAGGUUCUACCCGUUCAAAGGCGACAAGGCGCUGCCGAUCCUGUACAUCCACCGGCAGUCGGCGUUCCUGCUCGGCCGCGACAAGAAGGUGGUGGACAUCGCGCUGGAGCACCCCUCCGUCAGCAAGCAGCACGCGGCGCUGCAGUACCGCGCCACCGCCUUCCAGCGGCUCGACGGCUCCCAGGGCCGCCGCGUGCGCCCCUACAUCAUCGAUCUAGAUUCAGCGAACGGCACAUUCGUGAACAACAAGAAGAUAGAGCCGCGGCGAUACAUCGAGCUGCUGGAGCGCGAUGUGGUCAAGUUCGGGUUCUCGCAGCGCGAGUACGUGCUGCUGCACGAGAACAGCAAGGACGACGCGCUGGACGACGACCAGCAGGACGCGGGCGUCGCCACCACCGACCAGAUCAAGCGCGAGAAGCGCGUCAAGCAGGAGGUGGCCGAGGACGGCGAGUGACGCCGCACCAUUCAUACUAAACUUAACGCAACGGACUGUUAUAGUGAUGGUGAGGAUUCACCGUGAUUUGUCCCUGGGGAAUUUCUGUUUAGUAAUUUCAAUGUUCUUGUUUUAUUCCGUUGAGUUGGCUCAAACUUAAUUUGGUUGGUUUUUAUAGUAAUCGCAAAUGAUUUUGGAAGGUGACUGUUGUAAUUAAACUACAUACAUCUUGGGUAUUUUAUACAUAUUCCUAUACAUUCUAUUCCACAGUGUUUUUUUUAUGUAUGUUCCUGUCAUUUAUAUGGAUAUGAUAAAAUGAAUUUAAAACUUGCACGAACUCAAAGCUUGCGUCUUCUAGCAGUACUUGUGUAUUGCAUAUUUAGUUUUAUUUUAGUAUUUAGUUUUAUUUUAGUAUUUAGUUUUAUUUUAGUAUUUAGUUUUAUUUUACGGUCUUUACUACGGCUAAGUGAGAUUUACGUACUAUAUUAUUAUAUUCAUAUUUAAAUUAGUAACAUUCUGGGUUGUAUACUAUAUAGAGUGCAUCUAUUAUAACUUCCAGUAACAUAAAGCAAUAAACUUUGUAUGGUAUAGAUAUCAUAAUAUAUAAUAGAUCUCAUAUGUAUAUGAUAAUAUACAUAUGAGAUCUUCAUCAUGAUUCAAUAUCCAAAUCUUGUGUAUGACAUAACUUACUAGGACAUUAAAUAUAAGAACCUUAAAUAAACAGACAUUAAUUCUUAAA